AGCAGCCUGGGGUCCGCCUUGGCGCCAGGCGCUUGCGAGCAGAGUGUCUCCAAGAUGGCCGCUUGGGGAAGGAGGCGCCUUGGCCCAGGCAGCAGUGGCGGCAGCACCCGAGAGAGGGAAUCAACAGUGUUUGUAAUGAAGAACGUCAGACUCUGAGCUGUAACCUGAAUUCUUGUUCAGAAUCCUGCACACUGGCAGCGAGCACAUCAAACAGAAUGCCACUUGUCCCGUCAGCGUCUAUGAGACACACUUGCCCACCUAGGAAAGCACAGUGCAGGGCCAGCCUGUCGGCCACAGACUGCUACAUCGUGCACGAGAUCUACAACGGGGAGAAUGCCCAGGACCAGUUUGAGUACGAGCUGGAGCAGGCCCUGGAGGCGCAGUACAAGUACAUCGUGAUCGAGCCCACGCGCAUCGGUGACGAGACCGCCCGCUGGAUCACCGUGGGUAACUGCCUGCACAAGACCGCUGUGCUGGCGGGCACUGCCUGCCUCUGCACCCCGCUAGCCCUGCCCCUGGAGUACUCCCAUUACAUCUCCCUGCCGGCUGGCGUGCUGAGCCUGGCCUGCUGCACCCUCUACGGGAUCUCUUGGCAGUUUGACCCUUGCUGCAAGUACCAAGUGGAGUACGAUGCCUACAAACUGUCACGUUUGCCUCUGCACACACUCACCUCCUCCACCCCGGUGGUGCUGGUCCGGAAGGACGACCUGCACAGAAAGAGACUGCACAACACGAUAGCACUCGCUGCCCUGGUGUACUGUGUAAAGAAGAUUUACGAACUCUACGCCGUAUGAUCUCGGGAAGGAAGGGGGAGAAUGCAGAACAGCCCAGCCCAGAGAGACAGCAGUACUCAGAUUGCCACAGUCACAGCUUUGCUCUGUGAAGCAGCCCAGCCUGGGAAGGUGUUGGUUAACAUUUGUUAUUUUUAAAAAAAUGACACAGAUCGUGGGUGUAUCGUGGGGUUCUUCAGCUCAUUACACUAAGAUGUGGAUUUCCAUAACCCAAGAAGGGGUCUGAAGCUGUGGGUAUCUGACUGGGCAGUAGAAUGCUGAUGGAAGCCAACGCUACUGAGAGCGUGAACGCGUUUGGGGCGGGGAGGGUCUUUAAGUAUAUUGUUUAACUGUACCAUCCAGAGCCAACCAGAAGCUAUUGACCAUUAAAAUGAUGAGCGUUUCAA